CUCACGCCUCUCCCCCCACUCUCUCUUUUUCAAAAGAACAUCCAUUUAAUCUUGUUUUCCUCUACUUCUUUCUCUUCAUCUCUCUCUUUCUUCUUGCCUCGUAUCUUUAUCUUUUAUCAUGUCCCCUCUAAGCUUCACCAAUGUGGAAGAAGAACUGGAAUACUAUAAGACUCAUGCCAAGAAGAUGGAAGAAGAAUUGGCCGAUACAAAAUACCAGCUGGAAGAAUUUCAGCAGUCAUCCAGAGAACUAGAAGAGGAGCUUGAAAAAGAAGUAGAGUCUACAGAGCGCCGAUAUAAUGAGAUCCGAAUCCGGAAUGAUGCUAUGAGGCAGGAAAUCGAUGAAUGGAAGGAAAAGUACCAUCAAUCUGUCAAGGACUCCAAUGCUCAUAUUAAUCAACUCACUCGUCAGCUGGAUAUUUUGAAGCAGCAGACAGAAAUGUUUAUUAAAAAGGAGCGAGCACUGGAGCAAGACAAUGAUGACUUGGAAAGAACAGAGAGAGCAAUCAAAUGGUCACUACAGGAGUUAGAGAUCAAAUACAACGCAGCAGUGGAAAAGACAGUGUUGCUGGAGAACGAGGUUGCUAGCAAGAAUAUGCUGAUAGAAGAGGUUCAACGACUGAAAGAUGAGCUUCGAGAUGCAAAUGUGGAAUUAGCUGUGAUGAAAUCAAAUCAGGCAAAUAUGGGUGCAGCUGUGGCGAACAGUGGAUCUUCUACGAGCCUUAGUUCGUAUAAUGGGAGCACAUCGUCCCUGCCUGAGGCAGCCACUCCCCUCCGAACACCCAUUGGAAGCAGUUACGAGGCAAUGCCUUCGCUCAGAGCGCGUUUGGCAAACAGUGCACUACAGCGUUCCUCUGCUCGUCUCGCUGGACAAAGUCUUAGCACUACUGGAGCUACAGGAACUACAGCAACUGCGGCAAAUCACAAUCCUGUCAAGGCAGUGCAGGACAUGGUUGGACGUGUCAAGUCCUUAGAGGCGCGUCUGGCAUCUUGUCGCUCCUUAGUGACACCGAUGCUGCAACCUCCACCAUCUUAUUCUACCUCCAUCCCUACAUCUGGGCGAUCAUCCAUCUCUUCAUCACCACGGCCUGGAUCACCUACAGUACAUGCACCUACUCCAGCAGCCAUUGGAAGUCCAGUUACCGGUCGCAGAACGUCAUUACUUUUGAAACAACACCUCCAGCAACAUCGUGAACAACGAGAGCAGCAACUGCGGGAACAACAAAGAGCACUUGCCAAUAUAACAGGAGUUGUUUCUACGUAAAGUUUUUUUCCCGUCCUCUCAGUAUUUCCUUCUUUUGCCCAUGAUAUGCCUGAUUAUUCACUUUUUUUUCCAUUUGUAUAAUAAUUUUUAUAUUCAUUUUCCAUUCACUUCUCUUAUUAUCGCAUAAAACGUACGCCU